CACCGAGGCCAGCCCCAGCGCGUAGGCCAGCGUUCGCGCCGAGGCCAGCUCCAGCAUUCAGGCCGGCACCCGCACCAAGGCCAGCUCCAGCACCCGCGCCCGCGUUCAAGCCAGCGUUGGCACCGAGGCCAGCCCCAGCGCGUAGGCCAGCGUUCGCGCCGAGGCCAGCUCCAGCAUUCAGGCCGGCACCCGCACCAAGGCCAGCUCCAGCACCCGCGCCCGCGUUCAAGCCUGCGUUGGCACCGAGGCCAGCCCCAGCGCGUAGGCCAGCGUUCGCGCCGAGGCCAGCUCCAGCAUUCAGGCCGGCACCCGCACCAAGGCCAGCUCCAGCGUUGA